AUGGAGACCCGGUCUGUGGUGCUUGAGGAGCAUGUCGACUCGGAAUACGAGCCAACGGAGCAGGAGAUUCUAGACUAUUCGGAAUGGCUUGGAAUGGACCUUGAGAAUGACAAGGACUUGAUGUGGAUUGCCAGGGCCGGGUUGAAGGUUCCCCUGCCUCCGCCCUGGAAGCCCUGCACCACUGGAGAAGAGAACGAGGUGUUCUACUUUAACUUCGACACUGGUGAAAGUGUUUGGGACCAUCCGUGUGACGAGUACCAUCGCAUGCUCUACAAGAAGGCUGUGAGAUCAUCGCCGCACAGCCAACCACCACCCGUUGCCAAAGAUGCUACGGCCGUGAUCUGCAAGCCCAUCAUGAUGACGAACAAUCCAGGUGGGCCAGACGACACCUGGGCCAGCAUGGGUGCGGCCACCAAGCGGUUUGUCACCGGAGAGAGCUACGAUGCCCGAGUGCCCGUUGUUACCGGCCAUGUAGUGGCCGGGCCUGGGGGCGCCAUGCCGAGCGAGCUCGCACACGCUCCCUGGUCUCCGCCAUGCGGGCCUGGACCGUCCCAUGCUCCCGGCAGCUUUGUGCUGUUGGUGGAGAGUGCCAAGGACCUGUACGAUCUCGAUUGGACCGGGAAAAUGGAUCCUUACGUCAAGGUCCGCUUGGGUGGUCGGGAGUUCCGCACCCAAGUGAUGACCAAUGCUGGCAAGAAGGCGAAGUUUCACUGGACGCAGAUAAUUGACUGGCGAGGUGAGCCGGACAUCCAUUUUCUUGCCAUGGACAGCAACAUGCUGGUUGCCGAUGGGCUUAUAGGAGAAGCCGUAUACAGAGGGCUUCCGCUGCAUUCCGACUUUGAAGGAACCUUGGAGCUAAUGCGGCCCCACGCUUUUGGUGGCUGCAAGAAAGCAGGGAAGCUGAAGAUCGAAAUCACUUGGCAGCGUGGAGGCGCCAGGCCUGAAGCUCACGGCUCCGGUUACGGGCCUGGCGCAGCCAUGCCUGGGCCUCCCUACGGCGUUCCUAGCCAUGGCGUCCCCGGUCAUGGGGGGCCGCAUGGCAUGCCGUACCCAUCUCAUGGCGGACAUCACGGCUACGGACCUCCCCAUGCAGGCGCUGGCAUGAGUGCCGCGGCUGCCGGACACAUGCUUUUCCAAGAGGCUUUUGGCUUUGGCGGAAAGAAGAUGAAGAAAGACAAGAAGGAAAAGAAGCAUAAGAAGGAGAAAAAGUUUAAGAUCAAGAAGAUGAAGAAGUACGGCCUCCCGUUCGAUGAAGCGGCGUUGGAGGAUUUGGCACAGCGUCUCGGCCUUUCUCAGAAAGAGGAUGAGAGCGGUGACCUUCUUGACGACAGUGGCAGUGUCGGCAGGAGCGCCAGCGCCAGUGGUGGCAUGCUGAGCUUGGGUGGAGGUGAUCUUGAGAAAAAGAAGAAGAAAAAGGAGAAAAAGGAGAAAAAGCCGAAGAAAGAGAAACCCGAAGACAAGGACGAUGAGGUGAGACUUGAGGCGCCAAGGACUUUAGCACCUCUCAGUGCACGAGGUGUCGGCGGCGCCGGACUUCGCGACAGGCCGCAUGAAGGUCAAGCGGAGGAAGCCGCGCCAUCCACCGGCUCCUCCAGGGCACCGUCCCUUUCUCUGAGCGAGGAGGACAGGCGAGAGAGGCCGGAGGAUUUCAAGGCGUUGCAUGGUUCCAAAGCUCUGGAUGGGCCGCCGCGGCCUGUGGCGGGAGCUCCACCGCCUCCAAGCGGAGAUCCGCCGGCUGUGAACUCGAUGGCGGAUCGAGCUGAGGCCGUAGCCGAUGCCAGCCAAGAGCAGCUGGAACAAGAGAAAGCCAGGCUCGAAGAGCUUCAUCAGAAGAACAUUGCCGCCUUGCAGGCAGAGCACAAGGCAAAGUUGGCAAAGCAUCGACGAGAGCUGCAAGCAGAGUUCGAGCUGGAGCGAGACCGAACCUUCAGCGAGCUGCAGGAGAAGCACGAGAAGCAGGUGCGGGAAGAAAGAGGUCGAUUGCAGCAGGAGCUGGCCUCCAAAAAAGGGAAGAUGAAGCAAGAGAUUGAAGCACUGGCAAAGUCUGAGGAAGAGUUGCAAAAGAAGCUGAGCGAAUCACAGGCCGAAGCGACGCGCUUGCGAUCUGAGGCGGCGAGUCUCGGAAGGAAGUGCUCUGCCUACGACGAGCGUGUGCGCAGGCUUGAGGAGGACAUGAAGGAAUGUCGCAAAGAGGCUUCACAUGUGCGCACAAGCGCCAGUACUGAUGCCAAAGAAGUUGCAAGCCUGAAGGCACAACUCGACAGCAAGAAUCUGGAGAUCGAGCAGAUCAAGGCCGGUGCAACGUCAGCUUCUGAGCGAUUGGCGAAGUGGGAGGAAGAGAUGCAGCGGCUUCAAGAUUUGGCUCAAGACAAUGACGAGGCGAAGGCACGGAUCGAGCAGCUGAUGCAGGAUCUGGAGGCCAAGGAGACGCAGCGUGCCGCGCUGGAGCAACAAAUCAAGGACCAGAGUCAGAGCCAAGACGCAGAGGAACUCUCGAAGCAGAAGGCAAAGAUCGCUUCUCUGGAGGCUUCUCUGAUGAGCGAGGUAGAGGCCAAGAGCAAGUUGCAAGCCAAGCUUUCUGAAACUCAAUCCGACCUCGCGAAGGCUUCAGGAAACCGUGCGCAGCUUGACGAGCUUCGCCGAGAACUGGAUGCGAGGACGGCAGAGCUUGCCGAAGCACGGAAGGCUCCUGUGAGCGACUCGGAGUUGAGGCAGGCGAAAGAUGCUCUCGAGGAGGAGAAGAGGAUUUCGUCGCAAGCUUCGGCAGAUGUCCUGCGCUUCAAGGAAGACCUCGCCAGCCUGAAGGCGGAGUUGGCCGAAGAGCGUGGCCUGAAUGGCACCAGCAAAGCCGAGGCAGCGUCAGCAAGCAAUGAAGCUUCGCGGCUUGAGGCCGAGCUGGCCGCGCAGUCAAGGGAGCUUCAACGAUUGCAGGAGCUGCUGGAUCAGCAAGGUCUCCAGGCCCAAGAGGAGCAAGCCCGGUUGAUGCGACGAGCAAACGAAGAGAAGGAGUUACGUACCCAAGCCCAGGCAGAACUUGCCAGUGCACAACAAGAACUGGCGAUCUCGAAGGGAACUCUCUCUGCGCGGGAGGGCGAGUGCAAGCGCCUUCAGGACAAGAUCGGAGACGCUGUCGGUCAGCACGAGGAACUCAGGAGACUGCAGACAAGCCUUGAGCAGGCAACCUCACGCGCGACGAAUCUCAAGAGCGAAUUGGAUGCAAGGACAGCAGAUUGUGUCCAGCUGCGCGCAGAGGCGCAGCAGCAAGAGCGCCAAGCAGCCCUCAGAUCUAUGGAGGAGGCCUCCCUCAAGGCCGAGUUGGACACAUGGCGUGCAGAAUGCGACCGCUGGCAAAGCGAGGCAACUCAGUCUGACGUGCCGAAGAUGAAGGCCUUGCUCGAGGAGGAGAAAGCCAGCCUGAGCAGCAUGAAGGCCGAGGCUGCAGAAACCAUGGCGCAAUGCAAGGCUCAGGCUGCGGCAGCUGCGGCAGAGCUGGAGGCGCGAUCGAAGGAGUGCGGGCGGCUGCGAGCAGAGCUCCGGGCAUGCAGGCCGAGUGGUGCCCUCCCACAGGACGAGGUGCGCGAGCUCGUCUCGCUCCGCGCAAGGGUCCUGGACCUGGAAGCCGAGGUUGAAGCGAUGCACCAGGCUCAAAAGCCGGCUGCCGACCUCGAAGAGUCCAUGACGCUGCGCUCCAUGGUCAAGGACCGCGACGACACAGUCUCACGACUGAGAGCAGACUUGGUGCAUGCUUCUGCCCGGCACUUCAAAGAAGUGGAGGAGCUCCAGGCCAAAGUGAACGAAGCUCGCUUGGAAGAGAGGCAACUUCGGCACGACGACAAUGGUUUUGUCGUUUCCGAUCUGAAGGCUCAGCUGCGCGCAAGAGCAUCCGAAGUGGAGCAGCUGCACUCCGAGGUCAGAGCUAGCAUGAGCGAGCUCGAGCGCACCCGAGCAGAGGCUCGUCAUGCCGAGGCCAGAGCAGCUGCGCGGGAGAUCUCCAGCGUGGAAGCAGCCAAGGUGAUGGUCACCGACGACUGGAAGCGCGAAGUGGACCGCUUGCAGGUGGAGCUACAAAAGAGUACCGCUGAGAUCGCGGCGGCCAAAGAAAAGGCUGAGAGGGCCAACCGGGAGGUUCGCCGCCUGCAGCAAGAGGAGAGCAGAGUAGCGAAGAGCCAGGAGGCGUUGCGUGGAGAACUGGAGCAGGCGCAAGACAACAACCGAGUCAUCCGGGAGGAGAUGGCUGAUGCCGAACAUCGCUGCGAGGAUGCGCGCUCCAUGGUGCGAGCAGAACGCACCAGCCGCACCCACGCCGAAACACAGGUGCGAGAAUACCAACGAGAAGCAAGAGCACUCAAGGCUCAGCUGCAGGAGAGGGCUGCCGAAGCCGAUAAGUUCCGAAGUGAGGCGAGGAACAAGAGCUACCAACUUGAAGAUAAGGAGCUGGAAGUUGCCCACUUGCAGGACCAAAUCCAGUUCCUAGAAGACCAAAUUCGAGCACGCCGCCGGGAUCUGGCGGAGAAGGAGGACUGGGAGACUCAGACGAUUCAGAAAGACGGACCCCUGGACAUCACAGGCUUAAAAACCGCAGUUGAGCUGUCACAACUAUCCCAAGCUCAGGGGAUGGGCGAUCUUGAAGUGGAAGAACAAGACGCAACGUUGUCCCCUUGUGAUGCAGCGGUUCCGACCGACGGAAGCGUGCCGCCAAACUCUCCGGUGCAGGAGAGAGAAGAUAUGUCGCCACCGGCUGCAUGGCAUGAAAGAGCAGAAGAAGAGGCUCGUGCGGGAAGCCCACCAGGGGCUGAAGCUGCUGCGGCAGGAUGUGUCCCGGAUCAGGCUGCGGCUUACUUGCAAGCGAAGCGCAGAGAGCUCCAGACGGAACACAUGACAGUUGAGAGGUUGAGGCAUCAGUGGAAGCAAGACGCGGACCGGCUUCGCUCUGUUAGUGGCAUGGCACGGGAGCAGGUCCUGCUCCAGGAAGCUUGCAGUGCCCUAGACGACCGUGCUGCUGUGCUCCAAAGGGCCUUGGCAGAGCACAAUGCUUUGGAGCAAGCUCUGCAUGCAGGUACCCCCGAAGGAGAUUACAUGGCUUUUCCAAGAACAUCACCUCCUGCGUUGGGUAUCACUGGCAAUCCUACGAAUGUCCUGAAGGCAAGCUUCGCAGAGCAAGUCAGCCUUUUUUUGUGUUGUCAUCUCAUCCACUCAUCCCUUUGA